GCAUUGGUGAUACUUUUGUCUUCUAUAAAGUUUAGAAGAAAUGGAAGAUAAAUAUCAAAACAGGGAACCAAGGCCAGAAGACCUGCAGCUUAUUGCAGAGCUGAAAGACCUGAUUGCUGAGAGGGAUCAGCUGAUAAAGAAGCUGAUUGAUGACAAAAAGUUCUAUCAACUGGAACUAGUCAAUAGGGAGACUAACUUCAACAAAGUGUUUAAUGCAAGUCCUAAUGUUGGUGUUAUUAAUCCUCUAGUAAAGGUAUGGAACAUAAUUAUUAACUUAAAAGUAGAAAAU